GUUGAUCGUCACAUUACCAGAAUAUUAGUCUUCUUUCGAGAAGUGUGGGCAGAUUUUUAGUUAAAAAAAUUUAUGCAAUGUCAGGUUUUUCCUACUUUAAUGUGCCGAUCCUAGUCGGUUUAUUUUGUUUACUGAUGCCAGAUGUGAGCGCCUUUUUAAUAGAAGAUGACUUGCUCGCAUCUCUCGUCAAACGGUUCGAGUCUGAAGCUUCACAACGGUCAACAGAAGAAAUACAUAUCCCAGAAGAUGAGCUAACGGAGGCACUAAGAAUUGGCAGAAAAUAUGUAGAACAGUGGGAGAAACUGGAAAACCAGAUUUCAAAGGAAGUCCGCAAAAUAGACGAAAAUCAUGGCACAACCAAUGUUGGAGAAAAGAAUAUGAAUUAUCCGUGUCGUCACGCUUCCAAACCACAUGAUCCAGAAGUGGCGGCAGAGUCAAAAGAAGCCGCUGUCUAUUUAGUUGCUCGGAAGUAUUUGAGUGAUAAAUUGGGAAUCCCAGCGGAGAAGAUUGGAGAUUUUGGUCAGACGAAAAAUUUUAGAAACGGUGCUGAUAACCGACAAACCUGCGAUGCUACAUCCAAGUUCCGUAAUAUCGAUGGAACGUGUAACAAUUUGGUCGUUCCAUCUUAUGGAAAGUCAGGUUCCAUCUUCUCUCGUCUUAUUGUCAACUCGAACGAGGGUUAUGGUGACGGUAUUGGAGCGAUUCGUACUAGCAAGUUGACGAAAAACCCUUUGCCAAGCCCUCGUUCAAUUUCAACUGCCGUUUUGGUGAACGACAGUGUUCCAAAUCCCGCAGUAACUCUUCUGGCGAUGCAAUGGGGCCAGUUCCUUGAUCAUGAUCUAACACUUACUCCCACUUUCAAAAACAAUGAUGGCAAAGAAUUCGCGUGCUGCUCAACUGAUAGCAUAGGCACUACUCUUCUGACCACUCCUCAUCCCGAAUGCCUUCCCAUUAUUAUUCCUCUGAACGAUUCAACUUACAAUCCAUCGGCCGACGGUACUUUCACUUGCAUUCAAUUCAUACGGUCAUUAUACGGAAAAAAUUUGGACGGUACUACUCCUCGUAUGCGAGCACAGAUUAACCUUCUAACACAUUGGAUUGACGCCUCCAAUGUGUACGGAAGUACAACGGAAAAAGCGACAAGUUUGCGAGAUAGUACUUCGGGUAGAGGCAGGUUGAAGACGUUUAUCAGUAACGGACGCCAUAUGUUGCCCCUAUUGAAUACUUCAACUACCGCUUUUGAUGCAGGUGACGGCAGGGUUAAUGAACAACCCCUUUUGACCGUAAUGCACACUAUUUGGCUUCGUGAGCACAACCGCAUUACAGGAUACUUGUACCAAGCGGUUCCGAACCAAACAGACGAGUACUACUAUCAACACGCUCGUCGUAUAGUAAUCGCAAUCAUGCAGCACAUUAUUUACACCGAGUACCUGCCCGUUAUUAUCGGUCCCGCUCUGGCUGCUCAAGUGAUGUCACCUGAGUACGGCUAUUAUAAUGGAAACCCAGCUGUGUUUACCGAAUUCUCUACAGCCGCUUACAGGAUGGGUCAUUCGCAAGUUAAAAGUUUUGUACGGCUAUUUGAUAAAGACGGAAGAACUAGCGGCGAUAGCUAUUUUUUAUCCGACUCUUUUUUGAAUCCCUCCCGCCUUCUUACCAAUGUACAAUUUUUAGACAAUGCCCUACGUGGACUUACUCAGACUCCAGCCCAGGCAGUGGAUAACAGUUUUGCCGAGGACCUUACAAGUCAACUGUUUAAGGCUAAGGGAGAAAAACUGGGCAUGGACCUGAUUUCAUUUAACAUUCAACGAGGAAGAGAUCAUGGUCUGCCUCCAUACGUUUCAAUGUUGUAUUACUUGGCAUCAAACUUUUUGUUGCAAACUCAGCCUACAAGUUUUGACCAUCUAUUACCGCGAACUCCUUCUGAAGUGGUUUCUGCAAUGAAAUCUGUCUAUGAAUCAGUGUACGAUGUAGACCUGUACAUUGGUGGAGUCACUGAAAAGCCAUUACCUAAUGCUGAACUCGGCCCCACAUUUGCUGGUAUCUUUGCGAUACAAUUCUUAAAUUUGAGGCGAACAGAUCGUUUAUUUUACACCAACAACAUCGAUCAACCUACCGGUUUCACUUCAAAUCAACUUGCCCAGAUUCAAAAAAUGUCAAUGGCACGCAUAAUUUGCAGUAAUGGCGACGGCACUAUCAAGGAAAUUCAACCGAAAGCCUUCCGCACUCCUGAUGAAUUACUCAACAAACCUGUUUCGUGCAACAACAUCCCUGGAAUUGACUUCGCCAAAAUGUUACCUCUCUAAAUUCAUUUUGAAAUUUGAUCUUUACUGUGCUCGGGUUUUCAAGUUUCAAGUUUUCAAAAUAUUGCAAAAUAUUACAUUUAAAAAUUAUCCGAAAUUUCAAUGAGGGGUAGUAACUUUGUUCCUUAACAUAACAAAGAGAAAGAUGUCGCCAGCUUUCCACAAGAUCCUAAAAAUGUUAUGGUCUUUGAAAAUUGAAAUAAAGAUAAAGCUUUGAUGCAAUUGAAA